UUUCAGAUAUAAAGAAGGGGGAACCAACAUAAAUGGAAUGCUCCAACUUGCAUAUAGUACAUAUCAAUACAUACUGUCAUUGAGUGAGAUCAUCAAUUCUAAGCUCUGAAUUAAGUGAAUUUUGAUUUUUUACCAUACGAGAUCAAAUAAUUAACAUGGUAAUACAAAAUAUUGCCAUUUUAUUUUUAUUAAUAACACAUACAUUAUCUGCACCAAGUGGAUGCAUAGAAUCUUGUACUUCUUAUCUGACACAAUAUCAAACGUCUGGAAGUUUACAAAAACAUGCUGAUUUAUCACAAACUGCUUCACAUUUACAAAGUCUUGAUUAUUCAAAACCUGGAACAUGGUCUGAACAUAAUGAUUAUAAUGUAGAUAAUGGACAUGGAAAAGUACAUGAAGAACGAGGUCAAUAUGUUGAAGGUCCCAAGACAGUAAGAUAUUAUAAGAAAAAUUAUUCUUCUUAUGAUACACGCUAUCCUGUUGGUGAGGAAAUAUCAAAUUUUAAUCAAAAUAAUAAUAAACAUAUAUCCAAUGCAGAAGAUAUAGUUAAUCAACAUAUUUAUAAUCAAAUGAGUAAUUCAGAAUCAAUUAUACAGCAAAAUAAAUACAAUACAAUAAAAAGUCAACCAUAUAUUGAAUCAUCAUAUAGAAAAACUAAUGUUCAAAAUGAAAGACUUGAAAAUCUUGGAGAAUAUAGUAAAAAUUCACAGAUUAAUCAACAAGGUAUAUCUAAUCCUAAUACACAAAUUUUACAAGAACCCUAUCAUAUUAAUAAGCAGUCUGGAAAUUGGAGUACAAUAGAUUCAUAUAAAACUGAUGGAGGACAUGGCCAAGUAUUUGAAGAAAAAGGUCAAUAUGUAUCAGGAGCUAAAAAAAUUCGUUAUUAUAAAAGAAAUUAUACUUCUAACUACAGUUCAUCUGAUGGAAUGCCUAUUCCUGAUAUUACUAAAAAUGGAAUGCAAGAUAUACAAACAAAAAUAGACAAAUUUCAUAAAGAAAUUGGAAAAGGAUUUGAUCAAAUUUCUACACAAACCAUAGGAUCCAGUAAUAUUGAACAAACACAUUUCAAUAUUCAUGAUUUGCCUAUUGAUAAUAUUUAUAAUAAAAAUAGUGAUAAUUAUAGAGACCAAUAUAAUUAUAGAAGUUCAAGAAUACAUCAUAAUGAAGAACAACAAUCUUCAGACAUAACAAAUGAACAUUUACCUUAUAGGAAUCCUUACCAAAAUUCUUAUGGUGAAAAUAGUUACAGUAUGUAUGAAAAACAUGAAGGAUAUGUAAAAAAGCUUCAACCAACUAAUCAACUUAUUAAUCCUACAUCAGGAUAUACUAGCACACUCAAUGUUGGAAAUAAUGAUUACAAUAGAAAUAAAUUUAGUGGAUCAAUUUUACAACACACAGAUAAUUUACAACAAACAGAUAUUUUAGAUGCACAUCAAUCAAAAUUUGUUCAAAAUCAAAUGUUGGUCGACAAUUUAAGAAAUAAUGCUCAGAGUCAAAGCAGCAUAAUUCAUUCAAGCAUACCAAAACAAGUAUCUCAUUAUAAAGAACACUGGAGUUCUAGUCAUACAAAACAAGCAUCUGUACCUCUAUAUUCUACUGAUAUUUUACAUAACAACAAAGAACAUUUUCAAUACAAUAAUGAUCAAUACAACAACAAAUAUAAUUUAAACCAAGAUAUACGACAUGAUAGUAAUUUAAAUCAAUUCAGAGAAAAUGAUUUCAAUAGUGAUAGAAACAUAAUAUCACAAAAAUUAAUGACUAGUGUAAGUGAUUUAAGUGAGAUAGGAGAUACUAUAGAUUGUGCACAUAAUUCACAACAUUCACAUGGCAAUUCACAAUAUUUAAAAAAAUAUAAGCGCAGUGUAAUACAUAACAAAGAAGACGAAGUGCAACAAAUAGUAAAUAAAGACAUCAUGAAUGAUUUUAAUCAACAAACUACACAAAAUGAUUAUUUUACACAACAGAAUUCAAGAAAUAAUGAAAAAUUAAAUCAAGAAUUACAACAAUCUUAUCAACCAUGGAAAUUAAAUCAACAAUUAAAUGAUUUUACCCAGCAAACAACUGAAAUUGAUGACCUCACGCAACAAACUUCUGGAAAGUUUGAAUUUGGUCAAGAUUCACAACAAAUAUCUCAAUUAUGGAAACCAAAUAAUGCCAACCAACAAUUUAAUAAUUUUAAUCAGAAAACAAGUGAAUCUGAGGAUUUUACUCAACAAAUUUCUGGAAAGAUUGAAUUUGAUCAAGAUUCACAACAAUCUUAUCAAUCUUGGAAACCUAGUAAUAUUAAUCAACAAUUAAAUAAUUUUUCUUGGCAAACAAGUGGAUCUGAUGAUCUUACACAACAAACUUUUGGAAAGAUUGAAUUUGGUCAAGAUUCGCAACAAUCUGGAAAAUCCAAUAAUGCUAAUCAGCAAUUAAAUGAUUUCACUCAGCAAUCAAGUGAAAUUGAUGAUCUUACACAACAAACUUCUGGAAAGCUUGAAUUUGGUAAAGAUACAGAACAAUCCCAUCAAUUUUGGAAACAAAAUAGUAAUAAUAAUAAUAAUAAUAAAGAAGAUUAUACCCAGCAAAAAAGUAAUUUUGAUGAUUUUAAUCAAUAUAUCUCCAAAAAUCUUGAGUUUGAUCAAAAAUUACAACAAUCUUAUCAAUCUUGGAAUACAAAUAAUGCUGACCAACAAUUAAGUCAUCUUAACCAGCAAAAAGAUGGAUCUGAGAAUCUUACUGAACAAAUCUCUGGAAAACUUGAAUUUGAUCAAGAUUCACAACAAAUAUAUCAACCAUGGAAAUCAAAUAAUGCUGAUGAUGAUCAAAAAUUCGAUGAUUUUAUUGAACAAACAAGUGAAUCUGAGAAUCUUAACAAAUCUCAACAAAUCUCUGACAAAUUCAAAUUUGAUCAGAAUUCACAACAAAUAUAUCAACCAUGGAAAUCAAAUAAUGCUAAUCAAAAAUUUGAUGAUCUUAUUGAGCAAACAAAUGAAUCUGAGAAUCUUACUGAACAAAUCUCUGGCAAACCACUUGAAUUUGAUCAAAAUGUACAACGAGCAUAUCAAUCAUGGAAAUUAAAUAAUACUAAUCAACAAUUAGUUCAUUUUACUCACCAAACAAGUGGAUCUGAGGAUCUUACUCAACAAAUUUCUGGAAAGUUUGAAUUUGGGCAAGAUUCACAACAAACAUAUCAACCAUGGGAAUCAAGUAAUGCAGAUCAACAGUUAGUUCAUCUUACUCAAACAAGUGGAUCUGAAGAUCUUAUUCAACAAACUUCUGGGAAAUUUGAAUUUGGACAAAUAUCACAACAAACUUAUCAACCAUGGAAACCAAAUAAUCCUAAUCUGGAUUUUACAGAAGAGAUUGAUGAUUUUACUAAACAAAGUACUGGUAAAGUUGAAUUUAAUCAAGAAUCAGAAAAAGAUUCAUCUUUGCAAAUAAGUGUUAUACCAGAAUAUUUGGGAAAUGAUUCACAUUUUCCAAAACCUGCAGAUAAACCCAAACCAAGAUCAAGAUAUUCAAGAUAUGGAUCACAUCAUAAUGUACAUAAUAUUGAUGAUGAAGAUAUUAUGAAUCACAAUAAUGAAAAUAUUGAUGCAUCACAUAUUUAUGAAUUACCUCCAAAUAUGGAUGUAGAAGCUGAUAAUAACAAAGGAAAUCAAAAUACAACAAAAAAUCAAGAAGAAAAUGAAAAUAUAGAUUUGUCUAAAAAUUUAAAUCAACAUAGUGGAAGUAAUUUAUAUGAUAUUGAAGGAAGUAAUGUAGACCAAGUAAAUUGGUUACACAAAUCAAAUGAUGCAACUGUAGGUUUACAAUGGCAUUAUACAUAUCAUCCAAGUGACCAAAGGCAAUUUGUACAACAAACAGAACAAAAAGAUAAAGAAAAUUUGCAAGAACAAUCACAAUUUUUUAAUUUAGAGCAAAAUAAAGAAACACAAAAUAAAUACAUAAUGGAUAAUUCACAUCAACAAUCAGAUUGGGAAUCUGUACAACAAACAGAACAAAAAGAUAAAGAAAAUUUGCAAGAACAAUCACAAUUUUUUAAUUUAGAACAAAAUAAAGAAACACAAAAUAAAUACAUAAUGGAUAAUUCACAUCAACAAUCAGAUUGGCAAUCUGUACAACAAACAGAACAAAAAGAUAAAGAAAAUUUGCAAGAACAAUCACAAUUUUUUAAUUUAGAGCAAAAUAAAGAAACACAAAAUAAAUACAUAAUGGAUAAUUCACAUCAACAAUCAGAUUGGCAAUCUCAAAAUUAUAUGUUUAAACAAAAAGAUAAAUCUUUAAGAAAUGAUUAUCAAAAUGAAAAUAAAUUUAUAUCUAAUGAACAAAUAAAAGGAAAUUUACAGGCAGAUGCUGGAAUUUUUAAACCAGAACCUAAAUUACAGCCAAGAAUCCUAGAAGUUUAUGGAGGUGGACAAUAUGAUCCAACACAUAGCGAUGAUAUAUAUUCAAAAGUAACAAUAAAUCCUAGUGCUACAUUAGCAUCUAUAAGCAAUACAGAUCCAUGGGAUAUUAGGGAAAAACCAGAAAUAUUAACAACAACUGAAUCAAUACCACCAUUAUCUGUAGAACCACUGGACACAAAUAUUACUACUGAAGCACCUCAUUCAUCAUCCAUUUGGUCAAGAAUUAGUCAUAAAAUAUCAACUACAAUAGAUAAAGCUAAAGAAAAGGCUAAAAAUAUUUUUGGAUAAAUAUAAAUUUUUAAAACAAA